AAUAAUACUCCGGUCACAAAUGUUUUUUUAGACCAAAAAAAAUAUUUUUCUUAUGCAAUGACAAACUCUUAAAUGAGAAGUUGAUUUAGGGCGGAGAGCCUAAUAAUUUUGGGAUUGAAUGAAAAAGAUUGAGCCGGACUGAGACCUAAAGAUCGAAGAAGUGUAAAAAACUGAGCCCAAGGAGAAGACGAGCAGCAAUUAGAAAAUCUGAGAUCGAGCACAGCAAGUUUGAGUCAAUGGACUCUGCUGUAGUGGAUAGAAUCAUAGAGAAGCUAACGGAAGUCCGAUCUUCAAAGCCAGGGAAAUUAGUUCAACUUACUGAGUCAGAAAUCAAGCAGCUUUGUGUGGCCUCUCGAGAUAUUUUCAUGAAACAACCCAAUCUUCUUGAACUAGAAGCACCCAUCAAAAUUUGUGGGGACAUUCAUGGUCAGUACAGUGACCUAUUGCGCCUUUUUGAAUAUGGAGGGUUUCCUCCCAAUGCAAAUUAUCUAUUUUUAGGCGACUACGUAGACCGUGGCAAACAGAGUUUGGAAACCAUAUGCCUCUUGCUUGCUUACAAAAUCAAAUACCCAGAAAACUUCUUUCUUCUUAGAGGAAACCAUGAAUGUGCUUCAAUAAACAGGAUAUAUGGAUUUUAUGAUGAAUGUAAAAGGAGGUUUAAUGUAAGACUUUGGAAAGCCUUUACCGACUGUUUUAACUGUCUUCCUGUGGCGGCUCUUGUUGAUGAUAAGAUAUUGUGCAUGCACGGGGGUUUAUCCCCUGACCUAUCCAAUUUAGACCAAAUCAGGAACUUGCCUCGUCCAACAGCUAUUCCGGACACGGGCUUGCUUUGUGAUUUGCUUUGGUCAGAUCCAGGUAAAGAUGUGAAGGGGUGGGGGAUGAAUGAUAGAGGAGUUUCUUUUACCUUUGGACCAGAUAAAGUGUCCGAGUUUUUAACAAAGCACGAUUUGGAUCUUGUUUGCCGGGCCCAUCAAGUUGUGGAGGAUGGGUAUGAAUUCUUUGCUGACAGGCAGCUAGUCACAAUUUUUUCUGCACCCAACUACUGUGGAGAGUUUGAUAACGCUGGUGCAAUGAUGAGUGUUGAUGAGAACUUGAUGUGCUCUUUUCAGAUUCUAAAACCCGCUGAGAAGAAAAAUAAGUUUAUGGCAUCAACAAAAAUGUGAUUUCGUUCAUCAGUAACUACUUGAAAUUUAUGAAAGGUGUGCUAUAUAUCCUACUCUGUUCAUUUUGCAUAGGUGCUGCAUGUACAGUGCAUUGGGUGUGUCAGUGUGUGCCCAUAUCUGAUUGACUGUGGUGUAACCAAUAUCCUAAGAUUAUCCCCAUAGGCGCUAGCUAUUGCUAUGAUCUUGAAUCUGAACCGGAAUGAGAACCGGAAUAUCCAAAGUCAUACGACUGAAGACCAGACUGAAAUAUUGAAUUGACAUUUUAUCCUAAAUAGAGGAAAGCACUAUUUAUCAACGGAUGGUAAUCAUGGUGGUUCAUUCUCAUUGACACAUUGGCAUAGUACAACUGGAGAAAAUCAACGGCACAAACUGUCUCUUUUCCUUGAGCUCUGCCAAAUGCUUGGAUGUGAUGCUGAUUAACCAACACUAGCACGAUGACAUAUCUUGUUACAGCUUUAUGUUUACCUAUCUUCUAAUGCAAUCGUAGUCUUGUAGUAUCUGCAAUUUUUAGUCUUUUGUCUCAGAAGUGUUAUUCUAUAGUUAAUUGCAUUUUCUGAGGAUCAAGGCCAUGGCACAUGAAACGAGUUAGUUAUUUAUAGGGGUACGCUGGUUGUCCAACCAAUUUACUUGCUUUCUACUUUUUAUUCGGCAGGCUUGAUUACAUUCAUGUUUAACUUGGCAUGACGGGAUGAUGACAUAAAUGAGUUAAUGGCUAUAUAAUCUUUCACGCUAUUGACACAUCAUUUAGCUCUCUUUCUAUGACAUUCAUUCGGAUUUCGG